GUGUGCCAUCAUCGUCGUUCUUCAUACGAUCGAAUUGCCAUAACUCAUUAUAGAGCCUGGUUCGAGGACAAGGAAGUGAAAUCGGGGUUGCCGGUGACCACACAGGACGUUCGGCUUCUGAUUAGCGCCGUCCUUAAAGGAGUCGACAAGGACCUUGUGGCCUUGGAUGCCAAGCAGAAUCUGAACGACACGGAAAAGACCGACAUCAAGGGCUACAUGGACAUGCUGAAGAAGACGCUGAGCGCAUUUUCCAACGGCACUUUGGACGUCAUCUCCGAGUUCAUUCGCAUGAAGCAACAGGCGAUGAUGAAGGGGGCGAACAUGCAGGUGGGAUUCGGACAGAGAGAAGAUUUGCAUGCGGGAAACAUGAGCGCCCAGAUGAAAGAUGCCAUGUGCAGGCAGGUGGCCAGCUCCCAUCUCCUCAAGUUCGUCAGCGCCGUCGGCUUGGACGUCUCGGAUAUGGUGGGGGACACGGGGAGUGACCUCAUGCCGACUGCAUGGAAGAUCGAUGGCGACAUGGUCUACGCCGGCAGCAAGAACAUCAUCACUGGCGGCUUCUACUGGAACCCGACGGCGAAAUGCUUCUGCGGCGGCGGAGACGAAGGCGGAAGGGGGGGGAAACGAGGACGAAAGAAGAGGAGAGGAAAUCCUUUCCAGGGAAUGCCCUGGGGCAACGGUGGCAGCAGCGGCAACAGCAUCGACGACAACAGCAACGCAAAUCGCCCUAAACUCCCGCCAGGCUUCAACCCCAUGCUGAGCCUCAUGAGAGACCCGGAAUUCAUGGGCGAGCACUUCGAAAGAAUGGCCCAGAUGCUGCAGAAUGUGGACCCGAGUCAGCUGCAGGCGGCGAUCCAAUCCGCCUUGGGGAGCAUGCCUUCUCAGCUCAAGGAUUUCCUGAAGAGCAGCCUCGGGGAGUCGAGGCAGGCGUACGGAGGGAUGAGCCAAGACAUGGCCAACUGGUUCCAGCAGAACGACGCGCAGAUCACUCAGCUGCUGCGAGCUCACGGGAUGCAGCUCGCGACUUGGAUCGAGCAAGGGAACGGGACCCUGGGUCAGCAUCAGCAGGAUAUCGACGGCUGGUUCAACCAGCUCGGCCUGAACACGGGGAGCCUGAAUCGGACGGCGAUCACGUGGUUCCUGGCCCACGCGGCCGAGGCGGGAGUGGAUCCGGGGUCGGACUUCACUCAGACGAACGAGCAGGCGCUGAGGCAGUGGCUCACGGAUCAAGGAUGGGGAGAUCAGGAACGGGCGAUCAAUUCGCUCGGGCAGUUCUCGAGGAGCGAUUUCGGGCAUUCCAAUUCCAACGUGAUGAAGGCGACGGAUAUCAUGAGGCAGUUGGGAGAUGUCUUGAGGGUCCAGGGCCAAGGGAACGUGCAGCAGAUGCUCAGCAAUUUCCCUCAAUUCUUCGGGAGCCUUCCGGGCGUCGGGGGGCGCAAGAAACGCUCUCUCGACUGAACGAUACGGCUACCGAGUUCUCGAUGCAAGGAUAUUGCUUUUUUUUGAGGGGGGACCUUUUUUCUUCUCUCUGUCUUUCUGGGCUCGCGUGGAUGAGUUCCGGUGUGCACCUUUGGCUUUUGCUUCACACAUUUGGGCUUCAGAAGUAGAUAGUUUCGUUUGGGGUAAUACUGUAUUACCGAGCACGUCACCUUCGAGGUUACACUCAAUCAUAUAAUCGAUACGAUGUGGUAAGGAUCUGUGAUGAAAAUUCCCUUUGGGGUCCCCUAACCGUGGACGAAUCCUCCUCUGGGGCCAGUGGAAUCCAAUCUUUUUCCUGUCGAGUAUGCAUGGGCGGCGACCAUCCAUCCCAAUUCUUUAUUCUAUUAUCCCGGUUCUAUAUUCUAUUUAUUCUAUGGAAAUAAAGCUCCUAUUCAAUAUGCACACA